CGGCGCUCAUUUAAAGCGGCAAGUCGGAGGGUAGCAGCCGGACCAGUCUACAUCCCGCUCUGUCCAUCAUGUCUCUCCGGAGCAACCUCUCGCGUCUCCUGCGGACGCAAGUGCAUUCCUUUCUAAAGAAGUCCGUUCACUCUGUGGCGGUGAUUGGAGCCCCAUUCUCAAGGGGACAGAAAAGAAGAGGAGUGGAACAUGGUCCAGCCGCAGUAAGGGAAGCUGGCCUGAUGAAAAGACUCUCUGCUUUGGGCUGCCGCUUGAAAGAUUUUGGAGACCUGAGUUUUACGCCAGUCCCCAGAGAUGAUCUCUACAACAAUCUGAUAGUGAAUCCCCGAUCAGUGGGCCUUGCGAACCAGGAAUUGGCUGAGGUUGUCAGUAGGGCUGUGUCAGGUGGCUACAGCUGUGUCACAGUGGGAGGAGACCACAGCCUGGCAAUCGGUACAAUUAGUGGCCACGCCCGGCACUGCCCAGAUCUUUGUGUGAUCUGGGUUGAUGCCCAUGCUGACAUCAAUACUCCCCUCACCACCUCAUCUGGAAAUCUUCAUGGGCAGCCACUUUCAUUUCUCCUCAGAGAACUACAGGACAAGGUACCACAACUUCCAGGAUUUUCCUGGAUCAAACCUUGUAUCUCUUCCCCAAGUAUUGUAUAUAUUGGUCUAAGAGACGUGGACCCUCCUGAACAUUUUAUCCUAAAGAAAUACGAUAUCCAGUAUUUUUCCAUGAGAGAUAUAGAUCGACUUGGUAUCCAGAAGGUCAUGGAACAGACAUUCGACCUGCUAAUUGGCAAACAACGAAGGCCAAUCCAUCUGAGUUUUGACAUAGAUGCAUUUGACCCUACACUGGCUCCAGCAACAGGAACUCCUGUUGUAGGGGGACUGACCUAUCGAGAGGGCAUGUAUAUUGCUGAGGAAAUACACAAUACAGGGUUGCUGUCAGCACUGGAUCUUGUUGAAGUCAAUCCUCAGUUGGCUGCUUCUGAAGAGGAGGCCAAGGCUACAGCUAGCCUAGCUGUGGAUGUGAUUGCUUCAAGUUUUGGUCAGACAAGGGAGGGAGGACAUAUUGUCUACGACCAGCUCCCUACUCCCAGGUCACCAGAUGAAUCAGAAAGAAAAGAGCGUGUAAGAAUUUAGGAAACACUGUAUGCUGACACAUUUGUCAUGAUGGGCAUUCCAAAGUUGUGAGGUACAUGAAGGGACAGAUACUAAGUGGUCAUCUGGGUCAGUAAUGCCUUAAUGAAAAUGCCUGUGCAUCUUUAAAACUGUAACAUUUCCAGUUUCCUUCCCCUGUCCUUUUGGUGAUCAACAAUAUUAGUUAACUUUUUUUUUUUUUUUGCUGUUCAUGAAGUGAAUAUGUGUUGGAGUACUGUGUAAAUUUAAAGUCAUAUACAGCAUUUAUUAUCUUGGUAUAUCAGACUGGUUUUGUUGUUGUUCUUCACAUUUAAGUGGUUUUUCACCCUCCUACCCUCCCUCCUCCCAGAGUCUGGCUACACGUGCAUCCGUGAAGAGUUAGCUCACGGCAGCGAUAUGCUUAUCACAUCUCCAAUGCCACUCGUCCACAGGGUCAAAGUUCUGGUCCAUGAACCCUUCCCUAUAGGAAGUUCAAUGCUUGUGAAAAAAUUUGUAAUAAACCAGGCCUCCCAGGAUGGCUAUCUCCAGUAAGAUGACAAUGGAAAGUAGCAGCUUGUUGGUAGUCACUCUACAAAGAGAAGCAAAGUGAAGAUGUAGUCAGAAGUCUGGGUAACAUUCAUUCCACUUUCAUACUUGGGAAUCUGACCUGGGGCCACGGUCAGAUACUGAGGCAAGUUGAAGUUUGCUGUUUAAUCACACAGCUACUGAGCAGUGAGUAUAAGGUUCUUUAGCUGGUAACAACUCAAAAACAAAACAAAAAAAUAACUUCUUGUGGUCUGGUAUGUGGCACAAUGGAUAAGGCAUUGCAUUCUCAACCAUGAGGUCCUGAGUUCAAUUCCCGGCAGCACAUGUACCAGAGUGAUGCCUGGUUCUCUUUCUCCUAUCUUUCUUAUGAAUAAAACAAAUUCUAAAAAAAAAUAAUAGCAAUAACUUCUUUAUCUUAAGGGAUAACACUAAUUUAGGGAUAAUGCUACCUCAGAGAAAUGCUGAUCUGGGACAAUCAAUACUAAAGCAUAAACUUUUUUUUUUUGCCACCAGGUUACUGUAGAGACUUGGUGUUGGCCCUUUGAAUCCACCACUCCCAGCGAGCCCCCCCCCCCUUUUAAUUCUUUCUGUUUUGCUUGAUAGGAAAGACAGAAUUAGGAGAGGAGAGGGGAUAGGAGGGAGAAAGAGAGACACCUACAGACCUGCUUCACUGCUCAUGAGUGUCCCCCUUGCAGGUGGGGAGUGGGGGCUUGAAGCCAGGUCCUUACGUGUGGUAAUGUGUGUGCUUAGCCAGGUGUGCCAUUGCCUGGCCCCCAUAAACAUUAGUUCUUGUUUUUUUUUUUUAAAUAUUUUAUUUAUUUAUUAAUGAGGAUAGGAGGAGAGAAAAAGAACCAGACAUCACUCUGGCACAUGUGCUGCCGGGGAUCGAACUCAGGACCUCAUGCUUGAGAGCCCAAAGCUUUAUCAGUGCACCACCUCCUGGACCCCAUAAACAUUGGUUCUUGAUUUCUAAAAUGUUUUCACAUAGUGGCUGCUUCCUCACAUUUUCACUGUGAAACAAUUUUAGGAGGGGGCUAGUUAGGGAAAAAAAUACAUAUAUAAAAAGGUAUACCACUGCUCACACUGGGGUGAAUUGUAUUUUUCUUUUUAAUAUUUACUCAUUUAUUUAGUGAAAGAUACAGAAAAUGAAAGACCAGAGCACUGCUCAGCUCUAGCGUAUGGUAGUGUUAGAGACUGAACCUGAGACCUCAGGGCCUCAGGCAUGAAAGUCUUUUAUAUAACCAUUAUGCUGUCUCUCCAGCCCAGGGUGAACUGAAUUUCAAAACUGCAAAUGCAGAGAUCACUGCUUAGCCAUCUAGAGUCACAUCAAUUACAUACUACAGCUGUGACUGUGUAAUGGAAGAGCAUUGUGCCAAGCUCUCCUGCUUCAGGAAGCUCAUUCAGCUCAGGACUUGGGUCUUGCUUUAGGAUAAGUAGUGACUGUCUUGUAAACUUAACUGCUCAUCUUACUCUUCGCCUCUCAACCCAAAUGGUUAUUUCUAUUCUGUAGAAAAGAGCUUCACGGUUUUUCUGCUAUGUACAUGUGGGGAGCCACAUGUGCCCUCAAGGUUGCUAUUGGCAUGGCCACAUAGUCAUUGUUCACAGAAGGCCUUGCUUACAAGAUAAGUUUCUAUUUCCUAACUAGAGUCUUGACAAAGAAAAGUUUCUGUUUGUCACCACUGUACCGUUUCUGGUAAGUCAGGUAACUUGCCCACCUCCCUAUGAAUCACCCAGGACCUUCCAGAUAAUGGCUGAUCACCAGGACAACAUGCCACGUCAACCAACUGCCCCCAGCUGCUAACCUCCCCCUGACCCUGGCCUUAAAAACAGCACCUUUGGUGCUAAUAAACAGACUUGAUCAGAA